AUGAAACAACCUAUCAGUAUUGCCACUGCAGCCGUCGGUCUCGCGACGUCAGGCAAACACGUCUCUGCUCUUGCAACCAGCAGAGCCCUAUCCACCCUCCCGGAGCUCCCCACCGUCGACACCGUGUGGGAAGUAGAGAUCCGGCCUGGAAAGAAGGUAGCACUUACGGGGACGGCUCAACAGGUCGUUGCCAAGGCCCUCGAGCUCAACCCCGACUAUCAAAUGAAGAAAGUCCCUACAUCUCCAUCGCAGCCGCAUGGCAGCAGCAGCGGCAGCAGCAACAGCACGCGGCUAUCCAAGCGCGACUACACCCUGUGCGGCGGGGACCCGGCGCUCCAGCACCGCACCUGGGAGAACAUCCAGUACCUCUUCGGCCUCGGCCAGACCCUGCGGAUCGAGUCGCACACGUGCGGUCGGCUGGCCUGCCAAUACAACAGCGGGAUUGAAUGGUGCAACUAUACAAAGACUGUUAUCAAGGCGCGUAAGGGCUACAUUUCACGCCAUGUGCAUUGUCGUUUGAGCCGUUUCUCAAACCCCAUGCACGUUAGAAGAAGGUCAUCAUCCAUGGCCGCCAGCUUCGUCGCCCUGCCGGCAGAGAUCCUCGAAAAUGUCCUGGAGUCGCUCGAGCGGGUCGACCAUGUCAACCUCCUCGCCACUUGCCGGCAACUGCAGGCCCUGGUGGCACCAUUCGUGUUCCACUCGGUGAGCUUCACCGCUGGAGGCGUGAAGAGCACCGCCGGCAGCGCGCUGUUGGCGGUUCGUAGAUACGGCAUUCUGGUCAGGGAGCUGAGGGUCAAGGUGGCGCCUCCCAUCUGCGCCGACGACGACUGCAUCACAUGCAAGUGGGCGGGCAUCUGGGACUGGGGACUCUUCAUGGAGCCCUCGCAGGCCAUUGCCGAGUCGGCCUUGGAGAAGCAGAAUCGCUGGCUCAGCCCCGACGCCGCGACGCUCCUGGCGGCGGACCGUGCGAUGCUGCCCAGCCGCCCGCGCCUGGUCGUGGAGUUUCCGCGCAGCCUCUUGACGCACUAUGGCGCCUACCACAGACCGGAGCAGAGGAACCUCCAAAACCCCGACGAGUGCGUGGUCUACCGGAGUGGCAUCCGCGCAACUGCCGUCUUUGAAGCGCUGAGCACAGGACAGACGAACCACGACGACGGCGCGGGCCGCGCCUUUGACCGGCUGAGCGUUUUGAACUUUGCACUCCAGUUGGACCUUGGGUUUUAUGCCACCGAUGCGUGGCGACGGUUCCUCGGCGGCGUCGAGCAUCUCGAGCUCACCCUCCACGGAGAAGUUUCGCCGCUGGACAAGAACCCGGCAUACCGCGAGUUGCUCGAGCAGCUCGGCGGCGUAUUCUUCAAGCACCUGUCCGCGGUGCAGCGGCUUCGGUUCGAGGCGCACGAGAUGGGUCCCAUGGGGAUCAGGUCUCACGACCACGACCAACAGCUCUUCCCCUUUGAGCUUUCCGACAUGCCAGCCCUCCAGGAGCUCGAGCUGGCCAACGUCGUGAUCGGCCCUGGGCUGACCCGCCGCCUGCUCUCCGGCUUGCGCCGAGGACCGUGUACCCUAAAGUUUUCCAACGCCACGGUCCAGUCUCUGGAGGCCACCAUGUAUCCCCCCUCACCCGGGACACCUUAUCCCUUGCUGCACGACAGUUAUGCCGAGUUUUUCGACGCGCUGACGGAUGCCAAGAUGUUGAUUCGGAGCCUGCACGUCGACCCGACAGGUUGCGAGAUUCGAGACCCCGAGGAUACGCAACCGAGGCACCCAGAUGUGGACGACAUCAUUGCCGCUGCCCCCGCGCUCCGCGCAUCGAGGCCCGAUCUACCAGUGUUUGCAUACAGCUACGACUGUGCAGGCGGCGGCGCUAUGAGAGACCACCCGGCGCAGAACGCAUGGGCCUUUGUCGAGGGGCGCGACCAAGCGGCCUAUGCUCGGUUGAUGGCUUGGGUGGACAACGUCAUGACGCGAUAUGGUGGGACAUGAGGCAUGUCUGAUUGUGAAUGACAAAAGGCAUUAGGAUCAGAGAGAAGGGCUGGGUACAAGGAUGUAAUAGUUUUAGAUGACGU